CACGCAUACAUUUUACAAAGUGUCCGGUCCUUUCGAAAUUAUUUCCACCCAUUCUAAAUUACAAUUAACGAGACAAAACUGAAGGAUUGUUCAAUCAAUUAUUAUGUAUAAAAAGGCAGGCAGGUAUUGAAUACUAUACACUUUACAUUUGGUUCUUUACGUGUUGAAACAACUGUCAGGAAAUUUAUAAUGGCCAGCAAGUUUGUAGCCCUCGCAUUCCUAGUUGCAUCAGUCAGAGCAGGAAACCUAUUAACUCCUCUGGCACCUGCCAUCCAUUCUGCACCACUCGCGUAUCAUGCGCCAAUAGCCAGGUUUGCCGCCCCUGUCUCAUAUGCGGCCCCUCUUGCAAAAGCUGUAGUAGCUGCUCCUGCACCUGUAGCCGAAGAAUAUGAUCCCAAUCCACAAUAUUCUUUCGGGUAUGAUGUUCAGGAUGCGUUGACUGGCGACUCCAAAAGUCAGGUUGAAAGUCGUAACGGAGACGUAGUACAAGGUUCAUACUCCCUAGUAGACCCUGAUGGCACCAAGAGAACCGUAGAGUACACUGCUGAUCCAAUCAAUGGCUUUAACGCUGUCGUCCACAAAGAACCUUUAGUUGCUAAAGCUGUUGUAGCCAAAGUUGCUGCUCCAAUCGCCUAUGCUGCUGCUCCAGUAGCUAGACUAGCACCAGUUGCUUAUGCUUCCCACGUUGCUCCAGUUCAUUAUGCGGCCCCUGUUGCAAAGUUAGCAGCCCCUGUCUCCUACUCAUCCUCUGUACUGCAUUAAAUUGACUUUGUUCGCAUGAAUAUUGUUAUAAUAACGUG